UCACAAUCCCUUCUUUGUUAGAUACAACCACGUGUCCAGAAGAUUCUCCAUUCAGCACAACACAAUCUCCUCCUCUUAUAAUAACUGCUUGCGCCAACUACCUACACCUGUGCCCAUUCAUUUCCAAAUCCACAUAUCACAAACUUCCUUCUCUUCUCUUCUUUCAUUCCUUCCAACCAUCCAAUGACUCCAAGGGAUCGCCGCAUCUUAUCAUUCCCGGCGGUUCACCCUUGCGGCGACAUAUCUCCGCCCACACUUCUCGCCUCUCUAAUCACUCUCUCCCAGUCCGUAUGCAACUUUCAACCCGAAUUGUUCCCUACUCAACGUCGCAACGCACGAGAAACGAUACGCCAAAUCGGUAUACUCUUAGUUCUCCUUCAAGAAAUUCGAGACCGCGGUUUAUCAAUCCCUCACUCCACCAUCCUCUGCCUCGCAGAACUCCACUUCGCCUUGCAAAAAAUCAACUUCUUGAUGCAAGAUUGCACACUCCAAGGCGCGCGCCUUUUAAUGCUUUCCAAAUCGCAACACGUCGCAUCCCAGUUCCGCUGCCUCAUUCUCGCCGUCGCCACCUCCCUCGACGUUUUGCCUCUUCAAGAGUUCGACGUGUGCGCUGAAGUCAGGGAAUUGGCGGAGUUAGUAACGAGGCAAGCGCGGAAAGCCAAGUUCGAAGUGGACCCCAGCGACGCGCGAGCGUGCAAAACUCUCCACAAUGUUCUUCGGCUGUUCGCGAGGGGAACGGAACCUGACCUCAGCUCCAUGCAGGGAAUCAUCGACUACCUCCAAAUUAGAACAUGGAUGGAUUGCAAUAAAGAGAUUAUUUUCCUAGAAGAAGAAAUCAGCUUAGAGUGUCGCGAUCGAGACGAGCGAGAGGUUCCGUUGCUCAGUAGCUUGGUAGGGUUCUUAAGUUACUGCAGAGGUGUCAUUUUCGAAACUACGGAAGACAUUAAUCAAUCUGAAGGAAGAUGCAGUACCGAGAUGACUCCGUUAACGUUAACAUUAUUAACGUCCGUUAAUCCAGAAGAUUUCCGCUGCCCGAUUUCCCUCGAGUUGAUGACGGAUCCGGUGACGGUGUCAACGGGUCAAACCUACGACCGAGCCUCCAUUCAGAAAUGGCUCAAAGCUGGGAACACCACGUGUCCCAAAACAGGGGAGAAGCUAACCAACACAGAGUUGGUUCCGAACACAACUCUCAAGAGGCUCAUCCAACAGUUCUGCUCCGACAACGGCAUUUCACUCAACCGCCCAUCUAACCGUAACCGCAACAUCGUCGCAGGUAGUCCGGCGGCGGCGCACGCCGUGCAAUUCUUGGCGUGGUUCCUAACGCGGAGGCUGGCGUUCGGAACGCAUGAACAGCAGCAGAAGGCCGCUUACGAGAUUCGCGUGCUUGCUAGAACCAGCAUUUUCAAUAGGUCUUGUUUGAUUGAAGUGGGAGCAGUGCCUCCUCUACUAGAACUUUUAGCAUCUGCGUCUAACGAUAAACCCACUCAAGAGAACGCAAUCUCCGCUCUAUUGAAGCUCUCUAAACAUCCGAAUGGACCUAAAAAUAUCAUAACCAGUGGGGGCCUAAACGUAAUUCUCUCCGUGCUGAAGAACGGAGUUAGCCUCGAAAUUCGUCAAGUAGCUGCUGCCAUCAUGUUUUAUCUCUCUUCGGUGAAAGAGUACCGGAAAAUAAUAGGUGAGAACCCCGAGGUGAUUCCGGCUUUAGUGGAGUUAGUUAAAGAAGGAACAACCUGCGGGAGAAAGAACGCCGUGGUUGCCAUUUUCGGGUUGCUUUUGCUUCCUAGGAAUCACCAAAGGGUGGUCGCGGCUGGAGCAGUUCCUGCGCUGCUUGACAUUUUGGCUUCUUCAGAUAAGGAGGAGCUUGUGACUGAAGCAUUGGCGGUUCUUGCAGCGCUGGCUGAGAAUGCUGACGGGGCGCGUGCGAUAUUGGAAGGUUCGGCGUUGGGGUUAAUUACGGGAAUGCUGCGAUCUGUGACGUCAAACGUGGGGAAAGAGCACUCUGCUUCGAUUUUGUUGUCGCUUUGCGUGAAUAUUGGGGCGGAGGUGGUGGCUGUUCUGGCGAAGGACCCUUCGGUGAUGCCAUCGCUUUAUUCGCUUGUGACGGGUGGGAGUAGUCAGGGCGCAAAGAAAGCGCGGUUCCUGAUUAAAGUUAUACAGGACUUCCACGAGACUAGAACUUCUGGACUCAAGGGUUCCUCUCCUCCGCAGGAACGAUCGCUUCACGUUUGGUGAUCAUAAUUCUGAUUCACGAGUUGCAAACUUCAAUGGAACCAACCCCUUCUCCCUCUGUGAAUACGCGUAAGCCUUUUUUCUGUAAAUACUAAAUACUGUAACAUGUUACAUUGGUUUUUGUCAGAUUUUACAUUUGUGAAAUUAGCUCCAUGCUCUUUUUUAUGGCCCGUGAGCUAAUUUCAAUAAGCGAGCUUUUUGCUUAGCUCAUAUGAAAACUCGAAUUUUUUUGUAUAUCUCUGGUUACGAAUUGAAGUGUUGUGAAAUUAGAUGAGGAAGUUUUAUC